GUGAUGCUGCUGGAAUGGUGGUCAGGUACUCAGUGCACGCUCUACACCGAACCCAAGGAUUAUGGCAAGUACGGGAAGGAAAAUGCCAUCGUAAUCCUUAACCACAACUUUGAAAUCGACUUUCUCUGUGGUUGGAACUUUUGUGAGCGAUUUGGGGUCUUAGGGAGUUCCAAAGUUCUGGCUAAGAAGGAGCUUUCCUACGUCCCUGUAAUUGGAUGGAUGUGGUAUUUCCUGGAAAUAGUAUUCUGUUCCCGUAAGUGGGAGGAAGAUCGUGAGACAGUCAUCAGGGGUUUGCUAAAUCUUCGGGACUAUCCCGAGAACUUCUGGUUUCUGAUUCAUUGUGAGGGUACCAGAUUCACCCAACAGAAGCACCAAAUCAGUAUGCAGGUAGCAGAAUCUAAAGGCCUGCCGAAACUCAAAUAUCACCUGCUCCCGCGCACAAAGGGAUUUGCUGUCACUGUGAAGUGUUUAAGAAAUGUAGUUGCUGCUGUGUAUGACUCUACACUCAAUUUCAGAAACAAUGAAAAUCCAACACUCCUAGGUGUCUUAAGUGGAAAGAAAUAUCAUGCAGAUUUAUACGUAAGAAGGAUUCCAUUAGAAGAAGUCCCAGAAGAUGAAGAGCAGUGUUCCAGAUGGCUCCAUAAGCUCUAUCAAGAGAAGGAUGCCUUUCAGGAGGGAUACUACAGGACAGGAACAUAUCCUGGUACCCCCAUCGUGCCCCCUCGGCGACCCUGGACUCUCCUGAGUUGGCUUUUCUGGGCUCUGCUGCUUCUCUACCCCUUGUUCCAGCUGGUGGUUAACAUGAUCAGCAGCGGCUCAUCACUGACACUGGCCAGCUUCGCCCUUGUCAUCUUUGUGGCAUCUGUGGGUGUUCGGCGUAUGAUCGGUGUGACAGAAAUCAACAAAGGUUCUACCUACGGAAACAAUGACAGCAAGCAGAAGCAGAAGUGAUUGGUUCAGGGACUGCUUUUCAUCCAAAGGGAACUUCAGAAAACUCUUGAUUCUCCUCACUUGGACAGAGUGAUGAAGGUUGGAUGAGAGACUACUGGGGAUAUAUCUAAAGUCACUCUCCCUUUUUUGGGGGGGCUUGGUCUCAAAGCCAGAUGGGGAAGAAGAUGUAUUCUUAAAUCCCCUCUCCUAACAUUUUUAAGCGGGUUUUCUUUCUUUUCGUGUGUGUGUGUGUGUGUGUGUGUGUGUGAGAGAGAGAGAGAGAGAGAGAGAGAGAGAGAGAGUGUGUGUGUGUGUGUGUGUGUGUGUGUGUAUCUGUAUGUAUGAGCGUGCGCACCCAUAUAUGCAGAAGGCCUAUGUUUUAUAAUAAUCCAAGACAUACUUUGGGGGUGGGGUAGGGAAUCCCUUUCAUCCUUUGGUGCUGAGUUUUCUGUAACCCCUCUAAAAGGUUACCAGGGAUGGAGCAGAGAGUGCUUUUACAAAGAGGAUUAAAUUAUGCCUCCAAAAAAUAAUAAUUAACCUGUAUGUCUGGCACAUCUGUGAUAUAUGUUUACACAGGCCUCCUUCACUCUCUCCCCUUUUCCUCUUCCUGGCAUGGCAUUUUUGUGCUCUUUAUUACAAAGUGAUUUGGAUACUGCUGAGGCAGAGAGCUGUCAUGUCUGGAGACCAUGAAGCCUUCUAAAUGAGGUAGAUGGACCACAUAUGUCAACUUCCUAGAUAAAAGUAUAAUAGUCUAAGAGUCUGGACUAAUAGACAUCCAUACCCAAUAAGUAAGAAUCUGCAUAUGUCUGGAAGGAGAAUGAAAUAGAAGAUUUGGAAAAACUUCAUGAAAGCUUUCGAAUGGCAAAAAAAAAAAAAAAAGCCUUUCUUUUCUCCCGUUUGAUUCCUGGGUUACAUACCCAUGGUGUUUUUGCUGCUGUGAUUUCUCUGGCAUCCAUAUUGUUUGUCUCCAAGUCAGCACCAGCAUGCCUGUGCCCUUGUCACCCUCAAGACCAAAUAUAAUACAAUGACCUGGCAGAUGAAUACCUUUUGUGGGUGUUUCCUUGUCCAUAACAUCAGCUAAUCGAAAAAUGCAAAACUAAAUACAAGCAUGAGUUCAUUGGCACAAUCCAGAAAUCCUAUCUAAUCAUGGACUUUCACUUCAUUAAAAUACUGUUUAGUCUUUUCUUAGUUUUUUUUUUUUUUUGUAAACAGCUCAUUGAGCUACUAAGGUUCUGUUUUUGUUCAGGGCAGUGGUCUUUCUUACAUAACUCUUAAUUUAUUCUACCAAAAGAUUCUGUCCAUGAGACUUUGGGGCAGAAUUUGGAGAGAUGGCCAGUAUGAAGGACCCCAUGCUAACAUCUGCUUGCUAGCCAACAUAGCUAGAAAAAGCAAUAAUUUACCCAAAAGAGAACCAUUUUAUACAAGAUAGGUUCCUUUAGGGACAAUUGUACUUCAGGUAAUGGCACCGUUGUUAUACUGUUUGGUUUUUAAGUAACAGAGAUAUGGAUGACUUUGACCAUUUCUGGUUAGUUGUCUGGGAGUUUCUUUUUGUGGACAAAAAAGCCAAUAUCGAGUAUUAAUGUAGGUAUUGAUUCCUAGACAAAUAUGAGUUUAAAGGCUCAUUCUGUUCAGACAGCUCUACUUUCAGACAACCUGUUUCUUAUUCAGUUCAUUAAUAUUUAUUGAAUGGGACUAUGCUCUUUGGUGCAGAAGGCAGAGACCUUUCCAUUUAAAGAGCUUUUGAUCUAUGAGGAAGGACAAAAUAUAAAUGCAAGCAAGAAACAGGACCAAUUAUACUUUGGAAUUGUGACUAUCAAUGAGGCCGAUUUUGUAUGAGGCUUGGGCAGUCAUUUUCAUCAUUUUAUGUCAUACCUUUGUGUGUAUAUACGUGUACACUAAGGGCGAGGUGACUUAGGAAACAAACAAAAUGCUUCUUCCUCAUCAUUUUCGAAUGACUGGAUUACAGUGUCAUGAGACAAAUCAUGAGCUGUUUUUUAAACCUGCCUUUGAAUGUUAACAAGACUAAGUAUAAAGGGAGAAGGCGCUGGGAUUUAUCAGUGGUGGUCAUUUCUAAUAUUGGAUGUGAUCUAAACCUUCCACCAUGUUUUCUCAUCCAUCCUUUGUUCCUUGCUAACUUUAGAGAACAAAAUAUUGUCCUCAUCUGUAGAAGUUUUUGUUUUCUUUAAAGAGAUUCACUGGAUUGUAAAUUGUCUUUCAUCAUUCCAAUUUGGCAGGGUCCUCUGACUUCUUACUGCUCCCACUUUGUGCUGGGUUUGACCCAUUCAACAAAACAGUGUAAAAGACCCCAGGACAGUUGCUUGGCCAAGAAUCAAAAACCCAAGAGGCCUGUUUAAAUUGUUUCUUUUUAGAGUCAGGGAACUAUCGAUUAAGCCUCUCUCCCUCACUUCUUAGCAUCUGUCUGUUUAACAUGUUCAUCUUGGGUAAACCCUCUCCAGAGCUUGCUCACAAAGCCAGUGAUCAUGAGGAGAAAAAAAAAAUUAAUCGUUUGUUAAAACCCAGUUACUCUCUAUUAGCUGUAAUAUCUGAGUUCUUUUAUAGUUGAAAUAUGGAACCGGGAAUUUAAAACUUACAUCUAUAUAAUUAAAUUGUAUAACUAGGCAGAUACGGUAUCCUAGUGAUCUAGCACCUGCCUAGUUAAGAGAUGAUUACCAAUCUCUCCCUAUAGCUAAUCAGGGAACUUAUUUGGAGACUAAACUAGGAAAGAAAGCUUAUCCUAAAAUUUCAGAAGAUGACUUGUUUUGUGAGUGUUCCAUAUCCUUUAAAGAUGAAACUGGGCAAAAUACAACUUCACUCGGGCAACUGUUCAGUACAGCUUGCUUUCAUUUUCAAUAUUGGCUUAUCUCUUAUAGUCACUGGCAAGUCUUCAAAUGUUUCCAGUAGCCAUGUCCAUAUCAAUAAAUGGAAAGCUGUUGCUCUGAAGAAAGACAGUUUGAACAGCAAAUAAAAAAGCGUGUCCAAGGUUUAGAAUCCUGCCAUUAUUUAGAAAUUGGUGACGAGCCUGAACCCUUGUGAUGGAGCUCACAGUAAACACCUGCUCAUACUUAUUGUAAUGACAGGCACCAGGAUGAUGGAGAGUCCGACAAAGACACAUAUUUGACUAUAGGAUGUGCUUUUUUAUUUAUCAUUAAAUUCGAACAUCCUGAUGUUUUGAGGAUUCAUAACACUUCAGCAAGAUAAUGAAGCCACACUGUGAAGAAUCUGCCUCAGGAUCAUAGGAUCAUAAAUUUAGAAGCUGGAACAGACCUCGGAAGCCAUUGAAUCCAGUCCCUUUGUUUUAGAGAUGAGGGAAUUGAGGCCCAGUAAGAGCUGGAAAAUUAAUACAGAUUGUUCUGCUCAAGUCCUUUUCCUCCCCCAUUCUCUGCUAGAGAUUUAUCUCAGAUAAAAGAAGUAGUAACCAGUCUGAUUGAUAUAUCACCUGUUCUCCAGGUUGGGAUAGAGAAUUAAGGACUUGUUGGGCUAUCAGCCUACAUAGGGAAGAAAAAAAGUCAACAUGAGCUAGCAAAUAGUAUCAUUAAAGGACUUUAUCUCCUACGUUUUAUUCAUGUGAAACGGAAUUUGAAAGUAAGAUCUACCCGUAAUCAGAGUUGACUCUAUAUUGUUACCCAGUCCUCCUUCUCCUAAAGCUUUUGGAUGAAGUGUGUGUAAUCCUGCCUGGAAAAGGUACUUGCCAAAAUGUAAUAAAAACUCUUUUGGUUUACUGUAUUAAAAACCGUACAUAUUGUUGUCUUGUUAGGCAUCAGUGUUUUUCCUCCAUAAGCGACUGUGUUUUACAAUUGCCUUAACAAAAGUAGUCUUAAUUUUGUUUACACGGGAAAAAAAUAAAAACAACUG